CUCCAAGUUAUAACACGGCACUUUGAGGUUUUAUACUAAGUUUAAACAUGUCGUGGUUGGGYUCUGAUGUGGCUUUCACGUAUCCUUGGAAUUCGUACGUACCWGCGGUUGAAGAAAGCUACCAUCAAUACAACGUGCCRUAUCAUCCAGUSUAUUCAUAUCCAUGCUGUAGUUUGUAUCCUAACUGYAAUGGCGGACGGUAUUAUUACAAGUCAUACUAUUUAACACCACAGAAGCCACCAUUUUCAUACGUUGCUUUGAUUUCCAUGGCUAUUAAGCAAGCACCGUCCAGGAAGAUCACGCUACACGGUAUUUAUCAGUUCAUCACAUCCAAUUUCCCUUACUAUACAUGGCAAAACCGACGAGGAUGGCAGAAUAGCAUUAGACACAACUUGUCUUUGAAUCGCUGUUUUGUGAAGGUCCAUAGAGACAGAGCCGAUCCUGGAAAGGGCUGCUACUGGACGCUUGAUCCAUCGUAUGAAGGGAUGUUUGAGGACGGGAAAUACUGGAGGCGAAGACGUCUUAAAAAGGUUACCAAAGAGGAAGAUAGCAAUCUGGAGAGUGCAUCUUCUGGCAACAAUUCCAAGCAAGUUGCUCAAAGUACAAGUCUCGAAGCGAAAGAAGAUUUGAGUGAGACUUCAAACGAGAAAACCAAAGAAGAAAUAAGCGAAAGGCAUUCCCCUUUGAUAAACAACACUAUAAAAACUGAAAAGGAAGAAUUUGAAAGCCAAACGUUUGCUGUAAGACAAGAAACUGGCGACCUUGAACAGGAACAUUACAUGACGUUGMGCGGCGAAGAUCGCCAGGGCACAAGCACAAGAGACGACGAAGAAACUGUUAAAAAUAAGUUAAUGAGUAGCUUUAGUAUCGACUUUUUGCUYAAAAAAGAUUAGAACUAGAAACAUUUGUUGAUGAACUGUUGAUGCAAAGUUUAUUUACGUGACGAUUAWUGUGGAAAUACUUGAUUGAAAACAUCGACCCAUGUCAGAUACCUAUCACUCAAUGCGUUGGUAUGAUUUCUUCGAUGCUGCAUGUCCUGUSCAAAACUAGCAUUUUGAAGUCAUAAGKCAAUGGAAAACAUCUACUACCUUUUAAACUUAAUUUCUAUUGRYAUAAAUUGUUGUUAACACGAACUAGUCCUAGCAAAAGUUUUCUUUAGUCAAAAGUACCACCGCAAUUUCUCAUUGGCAUUUCCAGGCGAAAAGYAAAACUACCUAAGCCAUAGGAAAACUUAAGAUAUUAGAGCUUUAUUAGUUAAUAGAUAUUAGACAUUUUAAACUGAAGAUUAAUUUGCACAGAGUCAUACAAAGAUAAACUUAAAAGGAAGCAAUGCUUAUACUACACUAAGAACUUGAGUUUUCAAUUCGUAUUUUUUUCAAAAUUCGUCUCACACAUGACAUGAUUACAAUGCUACAAAGUCUGUAUAUUAUAAAGCCAUUUUAUUGUACAAAAACAGUUUUUAAAUUGUWCAAAAACAACCUCGUCUUUCAUAAAAGAGSCAAAAACAAUGGAAUUAACAAAACAACUUUCCUUAUUCUUCCGCAUUUGAAUCUUGAAAGUUUAUCGGAAAUUUAGUAAAUUAAAUGAAAAUCACUAACCUACAAUGUAGAAUUUUUCUUGCUGAAAGGCAUGAGAUAUAUUCUAGRAGAAAGGACCGAUGUUCAAGUAAGAUUUCAAGGUUUUAAAUCUCGAAGAACAAAAGUUUUAGAAUUCAUGAAAUUUUGAACUGCUAGUUCCAUAAGCAAACCUGUAUAGCUUUCAAUAUAAAGACUUCUCGUUUAGAUUUCAAUUUUAUAAAAAAGUAGCGAUUUUUUUCAWAUCUAUUCCGCAUCACGCUAGACUUUGGUUAGUAUAAACUCAAUCACUCUUGAAACUGUAAUAUAACUCACCUAGUUAAAGAAAUAAAAAAAUGUACAUUGUC